AUGGGCCUGAUCAAGAGGGAGUCGUUCGAGUCCGGCGUCACCAUCCAGGUCACGAAGGCGGGCGACACGUUCAACGUCGAGCUCACCCUCGACCCUCCUAGGCCCGGAGCAGUCGUGCACUGGGGCGUGGAGAACUGGAACGCGCCCCCCGAGGCCAUGUGGCCCGAUGGAACUGUGCCGUGCGGGGGGGACUCCGCCGACACCCCGGUGGGCGACAACGGCUCCAGGCUGACGUGGUCCGUCAAGGACACCAAGGACUGCCCGAGCAUGAUGGUCGCGGUGCUGCGCAUGGCGGACGACACGUGGGACAACAACGGCGGCGCGUGCUACUCUGCGGUGUUGCGUCCGCCGGACGUCAGCACCGUGCAGGGCGAGGUGCUCGACAAGGAGGGCAACCCGGGCAACUGGGGCCUGUACCCGCGGCUCGCGCUGGUGAACGAGAAGAUGGAGGCGCUGGCCGCGGCGGGCGAGGACGGCAUGACGUUUCUCCUUGCGUGGCUGCGUCUGUCGCACAUGAAGCAGCUCGAGUGGUACCGCGGGUGGAACUACCAGUCUAAGGACAUGGACCACAUGCAGAAGACCGUCGCGGAGCGCCUGACGUACAUGGCGCGCUCCGCGAAGGACCCCACCGUGCGGCGCCUGGCGCGCAGCUGCGUGGGGCUGCUCUCCCGCGGCGGUGGCGACGCCGAGGCCAUCCGGAUGGGCAUCCUGCACAUCAUGCGCGACUUCGGCAUCAAGGAGGGCCACCGUCCGGGCAUCGACGAGAAAUUCCUGGAGCAGUGGCACCAGAAGCUGCACCAGAACUCGAACAUCGACGACAUCGCCAUCGGCGAGGCGUACCUGGCGUUCCUCAGCUCCGGCGGCGACUGGGACACCUUCACGCGCGUGCUCUGGGACGUCGGACGCCUGAGGUGGGAGGACCUCGCCAAGUUCUCGCAGCCCAUCACCAACGGCCCGAUGUACCUGCCGCACCUCUACGACGCCUUCGCCGGGUACCUCUGGGUGCUGAAGCGGUGCCACGCCGGCGCGGACCUCAUGGUCACCGUCGAUGCGGCUCAGGGGAUCAUCGGGGAGGACCUCGCGUGGCACUGCCGGGACCUCAACGACAACCGCAGCGCGUGGUGGGCGCCCGGGAAGGCCGUCGAGAUCCGCGAGUGGCUCGCGCCGGUCUGCAAGGGCGACGGAUGCAGCCGCGACGUGCUCCUGCUCGACCACGCGUUGGAGAACACGUACCGUGCGGGCGUGGAGGGGACGGACAUGAGGCAGCUGGGGCGCGACGAUCUGGUGGAGACGCUGGCGAUCGCGCUGCGGAACGCGGCGCUGAGCCUGGAGAGCGCGGAGGUCGAGGACGCGCGCGACGCGUGGCUGCGGCUCAAGGACGAGGAGCGCUGGGGGCCGGACUGGUCGCUGCGCGCCGCCGCCGUUGCCGAGCGCGCUUCUCUCAUCAUCGCGGACAUCGCGGACUCGUACGCGUCGAACACGCAGCGGCACUGCGAGGCCUUCGCGAAGGCGUGCUCGUCCGUGCAGGCCGAGUACGUCCCGACGUUCGGCGAGGAGGUGGCGCGUGCGCAGGCGGGGGUGUUUGCCACCGCGGCGAACCUCACCGCGCUCGAGCCCAUGCUGCGCGAGGCCGCGGGGCUCGGCCCGUGGGACGUCGUUGCGCACACGGGGCGCCCCGUGACGGGCAAGCUCCUGAAGGUCGCGGCUCUGGACUCGGAGGAGGCGGUGAAGGCGUGCGCGGAAGCCAACGCGGCCGGGUCGUCGCUGAUCCUCGUCGUGGACGCCGUCAAGGGCUCGGACGACAUUCCGCCGGGCGUGGCCGCGGUGCUCACGCCGUCGAGCCUCGACCUGCUGUCUCACGUCGCGAUCCGGUCGCGCGGCCUCGGUGUGCUCCUCGCGUCGUGCGCGGACGCCGGGGCGCUCGACGCCGCCGUCGCGGCGGUGACCGGCGACAGCGCGGACGCGUGGGUCAACGAGUCCGGCGAGGUCAGCAUCGGCAGCGCCGGGUCGGCUGCGUCGGGCGGCCACGGCGUCGCCACUGGUGCCAUGGCUUCCAAGUGCGACGGCGUGGAGCCGCUGCGGCUCCCGCAGCCCCCGCAGUGCAACGAGUGGUGCGUGGCGUCCUCCGAGUUCGGCUCGGGCGUCGUCGGCGCCAAGGCCGCCAACGUGGCCAAGCUCCAAGCGACCAUGUCUGGCACCGUCGCCUCGACGCCGUCCGGCUGCGCCCUGCCGUUCGGCGCCUUCGAGCGCUGCCUCGCGGACCCGAUCAACUCCGGUGCGGCCGCGGCGCUCGAGAAGGCCACCGUCGAGGCUGCGGGGUGGGGGGACGCCCCUGGCGCGCCUGCCGACGCGCUCGCGCGGUGCCGCGAGGCCGUUGCGUCGAUGCAGGCCCCGGCGGAGCUGCGCGCGGCCGUGGCCGGCGCGGCCGCGGCGUGCGGCGCCGCGGAGAACCUCGCCAGCGACGAUGCGGCGUGGGACGCCGCGUGGUCAGGCAUCAAGGAGGUGUGGGGGAGUAAAUGGGGGGAGUUGGCGUGGCUGGCGCGCCGGCAGUGCGGCACGCCCGAGGAUGAUCUCCGCAUGAGCGUCCUCAUCCAGCCCAUCGCCCCCGUCGCGUACGCGUUCGUGGCGCACACCGCCGACCCUGUGUCGGGCGAGAGGGGGGUUGUCACGGCCGAGGUGGUGCCCGGGAUGGGCGAGUCGCUCGUCGCAGCGUUCCCGGGGCGCGCUCUGCGGUUCACGACGGCCGGGGACGGCGCGGAGAUCAAGUCGCUGCCCGCGAAGAGGACCAAGGUGGUGCCGCCCGCGGCGGGCGCCUUCAUGGUGCGGAGCGACUCGAACGGCGAGGACCUCGAGGGCUUCGCUGGCGCCGGGCUGUACGCGUCCGUGAUGGUCGGCGGCGGGGACUCGAGGGGCGAGACGCCAUGGCGCAUCACGGACGAGCCUUUGGUGUGGGACGGGGGGCUGCGCUCCAGCAUCACCGCCGAGAUCGUCAAGGUCGCGCGCGCGGUCGAGGAGGCGUUCGGCGGGGUCCCGCAGGACGUCGAGGGCUGUGUGGCGCCCGACGGCAGCGUCACCGUCGUCCAGGCGCGCCCGCAGGUGCUCUAG